AAAACAUCUGUGUUCUGGCACCCUGGCUGGAAAUAUAAUUCACAAGUAUGGAAGUGAAACUGAUGUGCAUGGGGCACAAACCAGUGGGAACUAAUUAGACAGUGUUGAGAAGGAAUAUGAUAUAUUUUCUGCUGAGGUAAAGGCAGAAAUGCAUACAAAAGAUAAAAGAAAUAUCAUCAGUAGCAGCUUUUCUGAUUCACUGACAGUCCCAAGGGAAACAGUAUCUGCUUUGUUCGGAUCUUCAGAAUGAUGAAACGGAGUGUUUUCAUUUUGCUGCUCCUCCUGAGGACGACUUUGGCUUCUACUUAUCAAAAUCUGGCUACACGUGGUAAAGCAACUCAGUCAACCUGUUACCCGCAUGCUAGGGCAUCUGCCCUCAAUGCAAUCGAUGGAAACCGCAAUUCUGACUUUAUGGCGGGGUCGUGCACACACACUAAUGAACAGACCAAUCCCUGGUGGAAAGUGGACCUGCUUCAGUCCUACGUCAUCACUUCCAUCACCGUCACUAACAGAGGAGACUGCUGUCAUGAAAGGCUCAACGGGCUGGAGAUCCACAUUGGCAACUCUUUGGUCAAUGACGGUUUAGAUAACCCAGUGGUUGGUAGAAUUUCUCGAAUUCGUUUGGGCAAAUCCUUCGAUCUGACUUUUACCAAUCGUGUGGAGGGACGGUAUGUAACUUUGACUGUGACCGGUUCACGAAGGAUCCUCACACUCUGCGAAGUGGAAGUCUAUGGAUACCCUACUCCAACUGAGGAGAAUCUUGCACUCCAAGGAAAAGCCACACAAUCCUCACUGUAUGCAUUUGGCAACGCAUUUAAUGCCAUAGAUGGAAAUCGUAACAGCAAAUGGGAAGAUGCCUCCUGCACUCUCACACAGAAAUCAAUGAGCCCCUGGUGGCGACUUGAUCUGCUCAAAACACGUAAAGUGUUUUCUAUUAAUAUAGUAAAUCAAGAUUCUCUUCCAGAACGACUCAAUGGAGCCGAGAUCCGCAUUGGCGAUUCCCUUCGCAACAACGGGAACAACAACUCCAGGUGUGCUGUGAUCACAAGCAUCGCUGGAGAUGUUGUUGCUAAGUUCACAUGCAAUGGAACGGAAGGCCGCUAUGUUAAUAUUGUCAUUCCCGACAGAGAAGAGUUCCUGAGUCUGUGUGAGGUCGAAGUGUACGGCUCUAGGUUGGAUUAAGAAAACAGAAAAACAAACAUGAAGCUUGCACACUGCAGAUGUUUAAUUAGGUAUUUAUUGCAUCUUGCGUAGAUCAAAACAG